GCCGGCGGGACGAGGAUGGGGCAGAGGGCGUGGUGCGGCGGCGGGGUCGGGAGGCGUCCGGGCUGCUGGGACGGCGUCCGCGCUCUCCAGGGACCCUGAGCCGGCGGAGACAGCAGGAGCAGCAGCCAGAUACCCCUCUACCUUUACCUCUGCCAGGCGCGCCGGUCUUGCCCCGCUGCAUCGCUGUUGCAUCGUUCAGGAUGCGGCCGCCCGAGUGGCAGGGACUGCUCCGACGGGCCGACGCGCUGGCCCACGGCGGGGAGUUGCCCGAGGCGCUGCGGCUCUACCGGCUGGCCUCCCGCCACCGGCAGCUGCAGGCCGAGCAGUUGGGCGCGCUGGUGGCCUGCCUGGCGCGCAAUGUGCGCGGCGCGGGCGGCGGGUCUCCGGCGCCCGGCCGGGGCUGGGAGCUGUUCGGCUGUGCCAAGUGCCAGGGCUUCCUGCACGAGCCGGUGUCACUGCUGUGUGGGCACACCUUCUGCAAGCCGUGCCUGGAGCGGGCGGCGGCGUGCGGCUGGUGCUGGCCGGGCGGCGUCGGGGGGCAGCAGCGGCUGCGGGUCAACGUCAUCCUGAGCAACUUGCUGGCCAAGUGGUUCCCUCGCCGAGCCCGGGCGGCGCAGCUCCGCCACGAGGGGACCCGCUUAUACAAGGAGAAGAAGCUGCAAGCCGCCCUGCAGAAGUACAACGAGGCCGUCAGCUUAGCCCCCAAUGAUCAUUUGUUAUAUAGCAACCGGUCCCAGAUUAAUACUGCUUUGAAAUGUUGCGAAGAAGCCUUGCAUGAUGCAGAAAUGGCCUGCAGACUCCAGCCAUCCUGGUUGAAGGGUCACUUACGGAAAGGGCAAGCCCUAGCUAACCUUGGGAAGACCGAAGAAGCUUUAUACGAAUUUUUGUUUUGCCUUGAUGUGGAUGUCGGGAAUAGAACAGCCCAAUCAGAGGCUCAGCGGGUCAGCGUAGAACAGAACAAGCGUCUUGCUGAGGAUCCGAAAGAGGUAGACUGUGGCAGUUUGGGAAAAUCCGCCCCAUUGUCAGAGAGCGAAAAAGACACUGCGGGUGACAAGGACAGCCCUCCAACAGUGCCAGAGCCUGCCCUUCUUAUUUCUGAGAAAUGCCAACUUUUAAAGAGGAAGCGUUGCUCUGAGGAGCCACCAGAUGCCAAUAUGCCUAGCAAAAUUAUGAAAAGGGACCCAAAUGAUGAAAAUGGAACCAGAGCUGGGAACUGUGGUCUGUUUGGAUUUGUCGACCCUUCUGACCUGGAGUGUUCACUGUGCAUGAGGCUCUUCUACGAACCCAUCACCACCCCCUGUGGACACACCUUCUGCCUGAAAUGCCUUGAAAGAUGCCUCGAUCACAACCCCAAAUGCCCCUUGUGCAAGGAGGAGCUCUCAGAGUGCUUGGCGAUGAGGAAACACUGUAAAAAUGUGCUGAUGGAAGAGUUAAUUGCAAAAUACUUCCCUGACGAAUUGACCGAACGGAGAAAGCUUCAUGAAGAGGAAAUUGCUGAACUUUCCAAUUUGAAUCAGAAUGUCCCCAUAUUCGUUUGUACAAUGGCCUAUCCCACUGUCCCGUGCCCGCUGCACAUCUUUGAGCCAUGUUAUCGACUGAUGAUCCGGAGAUGCAUGGAGACUGGCACCAAGCAAUUUGGAAUGUGUAUUGGAGACCCUGUGAAAGGAUUUGCAGAUUAUGGCUGUAUGCUGGAGAUAAGAAACGUGGAGUUUUUUGCCGACGGGCGCUCUGUGGUUGACAGUAUCGGGAAGAGGAGGUUCAAAGUGAUACAGCACAGCCAACGUGAUGGGUACAACACAGCUGAUAUUGAGUACGUCGAAGAUCAAACUGUACAGGGGGAAGAAUAUGCCGAGCUGAUUGUUCUCCAUGAUUCUGUAUACAGCCAGGCCUACACGUGGUUUAACUCUCUCAAGCUGGCACUCAAGAGUCGUAUCCUCAAUCAUUUUGGUCCGAUGCCUGUUAAGGAUUUGGAGCUCCAGGCCAACCCCAAUGGUCCUGCCUGGUGCUGGUGGGUCCUUGCUGUCUUGCCCCUGGAGAGCAGAGCUCAGCUCCCCUUCCUUGCCAUGACGUCCCUGAAAGAACGCUUGGACAGUAUCCGGCGAAUCCUGACCUUCAUGUCCCGCACAAGAUCCCGCUGAGGCCACAAGGAGCGCUGUGAAUCCUCUUGCAAUACUGGACUGUAGCGAUUUUCACACGCUGAGGAUUCGAUUGGCUCUUGAGCCUAGGUCAGGGCCAAGUCCAGAGGGACCUUUCUCCAAGAUGCUGUCCAGCACUUCCACCAGCUUGAGUGAUAGGGUCGGAGAGCAUCACUUCUACAACACAGGAGGAGACCCUCCAAAGAGCACAGGGCCUUCAUAGCUGUGGGGUAAAGUCUGCCCCUAAUGCUACUCCUCGCCUCUGCCUUGGCUGUUAACCUUCAGUACUGUUUCACAUGAAAGGGAAGAUGCAGAAAAGAGACCUUUUGUUUUUGUAACGACAAAGAUGAUUCAGCUACUAGAGGCUUACUUCAGAUUUGAAGCAAGUGCUAUUUUUACGCCCUGUUUGGGAAAGAGCCCUGUAUUUCGCUGCAAUAAUAUUUGAAACAGGGCUGAGUUUGGGUGAAGGAAAUAAUUCUAUUCCAAGUUUGUCAACGCAGCAAAAACUGAUACUGAGCCUUUAGCAAAUUACCAUGUGCAAUCCAUAAUGUUUGUGAGUUUGGUCUUCAAUUGCUGCACUGUUAAGCUAAUUCCUUAAAUGUUCAUAUGUGUCUUUGUGUGUGCGUGGGAGGGGAGAAAGUGGACAGAAGGGAACUUGUUUGCCAUAAACCUCUUGCAAGGUUUUCUUAAUUUUCCAUUUUGUUUUGGGAAUAGCUGCAUUUGUAAUCAGUCCGGUUUAAUAUGAAGCAGAAAGACUAAUGAUAUUGCUGCAUAAUUGCAAAUGUCUUAUUCCAAAAGGGUUCAGUUUUUAUAUGUGUAUAUAUAACAAUAUUCAUGAGUUUCAUUAACUUUAUUUUUUGCACUAAGGAUUUUUGUGUUUUUGUGUAAAUUGUAAUCAAGUGUAUAUAUUCUGCAUACUAAUUUGUGGUGUUUUUUAUACUGAAUUUGAGGAGGGAAGUAAAAUAGGGAAAUUGGGAAUACUGACUUUGAUCAUUUUUGUUCUUUAUUGCUUAAGCUAGUCUAACAUUUUUCUACACAUCUCCAGUGUUAAAUGUUCACAGAUAUUUCCUGGCAACCUGCCAUGAAGUCUAACUUUUUCUUUCAGAUAGAUUAUGAAUAUUAAAACAAUAUACAUUGUUGUAGUCUGGAGCCAGAUACUCUCAUAUCAAGCCUUUUUUUGAUGAACAGAAAUCUAAAGCUAACCCUUAGGGGCAUAUAUAAAACCAUGGGUUCAUGGGAACAAAAUGUAGUCUCCUGAGAAACCUGGUUUUGAAGUGUGUGUUUUGGCAUCUGUGUUAAACACACCAAGUUUCUAGCUUCUUGGUCUAAAAUAUUUUUUCAGACUGUCAUCCUGAAAGACAAGAAGGUAGACCGACUGACAUUUUGAGUGAUUGAUGAUGAGGCUUCAAAGCCUUGCAUAGUUGCUUAGCAAAACCUAAAUUAUGCAAGCUAUACUCUGUUUCACAUUAAGAUGUUAGUAGAUUGUAUAUUCCUCCAGCACAGAACAAAGUACACCAGACCUUCUUUGCUGUAGAGUGCUCCACUUGGGUUCUAGUUUCUACCUGACACCCACUCCCCCUUCCUGGCAUUUGAAAGUAAAAUCUUUUGGCGUAAAUGCUCUUGUAUCAAAGUACCACGUUCAAUAAUGUGCAAAAUAAUGCCUAAAAAUUAAUGAUAAUUUUCAUGUUUGUUUGGGACUGUAUUCUAAUGCAGAAGCAUACAAUGUUCUCAACCGCUGCUCCUCAACUGACUGCCCUAACAUCUUUAUGUAAAGCAGAGUAUAGUAAACAGUGCAAUAUGCAAGCUAAAUAGUCAAAUGCCCUAAUUUGACAUAAUUGAUACAUAUCUUACAAUAUAUCUUCCUUGCAGAAUUCUGACUGCAUGCAACUUUAAAUUGCAUCAUGGAACAGAUCCAUGUUCCCUAUCUAAAUUGUGCCAUGCAUGCCACAGAUUGGGAAGCCUUGACCCAAGUGUCUGAUUGUGAAUACUGUGGAAUCCACUCUUUUUCUUUGCAAAUUUCUAGAACUGCUGCUGGUUUCUGUCUGUUUACAUGCAGGUGAUGAGUGAUGCAGCCAAGAAGUUCUAGCCGCAAUGCAGAUUAAGUUUUGCUUCCAGUUGGAUACAGCCAUUUGGGUGGCACUGGUUCCACCCAAACAGAGGUUACCCUCAUUGGGAAUACUUGCUAUGCCUACAUCUUUCUAACACGGUUCUAGCACAUAAAUCACCACUUUCAGAUAUGAACAGGAAACAAAGGGAUGGUGUUUAAUCCAGAGUCCAAAAACUCUGCAUCCACUGAGAAAAAUAAAACAAAAACAACUGAUCCUUUGCAGCUCAAGGUGAAAAAUCCUUUCUGCUGCUUCCUAACAAGGUGUUUUGCUCAUUGUUUUUAGUUCACAAGCAUAUUUAUCACUGGAGAAAACACAGCUAGGAAGUAAUGGUUUGGUUAUGGGAAAAACCUAUUGCGAGUUUCUUUUCCCCAUAGAUGCUUUGAAGUUGACAUCAAGUAAGGGGCUUGAUUACUGCCCUUUUGCUAAUUGUGUGAAUUGGUUUAUGUUUUGAUUGAUUGAAGACCCAGUGUGUUUUAUGGACUGCCGAGCAAUUUUCUACAUGCGUAAUAUGAUCACCCCCCUCUUUGUGUUUCGGCUGAUGAUGGGAUGGAGCUGAAGCUUAGUUUCUGGGAGAGGGCUGUUGGAAACCUUUAGGUAGUACAAAGUGUGUGCACCACUGGAUCAUCUGUGUCUGUGAAGAUUAGGUAGGUUUCAGAGUGUGUGUAUUUAUUUUGGAAGAAGUUGCUGUGAAAAUCUAUGAUUUAUCAUGAUGGUUUUGCCUCCAUAGAACUCCAGGGGCUCAUUCCCAAUGGGAUUGUGUAUUAUUUUUAAAUAGCCUUAAGCAGUGUCAGUUGAAAGUCUUUUAAAGCUCACUCAUUAUGGGGUGUGGGAAAGGGGGGGAGGGCAUUUUGUUUUCCUGACUAGGGUCACAGAGGAAACCUUGCAGAGAAGGAGCAGCAUCUGGCUUUAUGGAAGUUCCAAAGAUGAUUCUUAAUUCACUGCCAGGGGACCAUUGGUCAUUCCUGGGGUGUGUGUUCCGGGGUGGGAGGUAUCCAUUCAAAAAUGGUUUCAGGGUUUGUGCUUUAAGAGCUUUACAUUAAAGCGAUUAGAUUGAAAAUGCUUGUUAAAGCAGUUUAAUUAAAGCCAUUGAAAAAGUGCUCUAAUUGCCUUAGUAGGAAUGUAUUAUUUAUCCCUCCACCCAUCCAAGUUUAGUAUAUGAAGCAUUUUUGUUCCUUACACACUCCAGUUUUAACUUUUUUCCACCUUUAGGGUACAAAUUCCUAUCCCCAAAGCUUGGUAUUUUUCUUCUGUACCUCCAGUGGAGUCUGAAUUCCUGGGUAGUUUAAUUUAAAAAAAACAACCUGGUGAUUUUUUAACUUCAGAGACACCUUUCCACAACAACCUGUCUGCCAAGGAACAUGCAUGUUUUUGAUGUAGACUCCUGUGUAUUGCAGAGGAUGCUGGGAUGGGUGUGUGUGUCAUACCGUACAUGUUUAGUUCAUGUGGAAUACUGGCUAGAUCUGAUGGGGCUCGCUGUUAAAGUCUCAAGAAUCCCAGGGUUUUAUGCAAUGUUUCAAUGGAGAAGUUUCAAACGAAAAGAGGAUUUGAUGUGUUUUAAGCAUUUUUUGUUGAUUACAUUAAACCUGUUUGUCUUGAGUUCUAAUUGUUGCAAGAUUAUGUUGUUUUAUUUAAGUGUGAAUAAUGUGACUAAGGGUUUUUGUGUGAAAAGUUGGGGUUUUUCAUUGGUUUAUUUUGUGAUCCAGGAAAUGCUGUAAAUUAUUUCUGGACUUUAAUGAAAAUUCAGAAGGAAUUUAAUAAGGUCUUGGGUUCUCCCUUUCCCUAUAAAAAUUCUGUUCUUUCAUUUGCAAUGCUAAGAGUUAACAAAACAUUUGCUGUAGAAAUGUGGAAAAUUUUAAGAGAACCUCUUGUUGGUCACAUUUGUCUCAUAAGCAGACAACAUUUUACUGCUAAAAAAAGCAGUAGAUAGUGAUCAAGUAUAUUGAUUCAUUAUGUUUUUAUCUGGCCUUUUUAACCCUUUCAAAUAAAGGAUUGUGUUAUGCAGCUUUACAAAACCUGUCCACAUACAUGCAUACACUAUUUAUAGAUGUGCUGUCUUCACAUUUCCUGAAAUUUGCCCUGAAGAGUCCAGAUUACAAUCUGAAAUGUAUUGAAGUUUAUGCAAUUUGAAUUAUUUUAAGAAAAUGUAUACAGAAGCUGCACUGUGUGCAAGAUAAACACCAUCUAAUAUCUGUUUAGAAAAACCAAAGUGGAUGAAGGCAGGAGUGUGUUUUUUCAGAAGAGUGCAGAAAUGCAGGGCACAAAUAAAAUAACUGAAGCUUCCCCGCUUUUCCCCUGAGUUGAAAUUUAAAAGGGAAGAGACCCCUUUUCUAUGUUAGAUCUAUCACUGUUUAUUCGUAAGCACUCCGUUCCGCUUUUCCACAGAGAGUGCCUGAGAAAGUUUACCUAGAGAUAAAAUGGCAAAUAAAAUUCUCAUGAUAAUACAACACUGUACAGUAGCCAUAUAAUAAAAUACAUCAUUAUUAAGAGCACAUUUAAAAGUUGCCUUUAACCAUUGAAGAUGCUCAGAACAGAUGAAAGGUGCUACUGGGCUGUCUUGAAGACUUUCUACAUGGUAGACCUCGUUGGAAAGGGAAUUCUAUAGUAGCAAGGUCACCAUUGCAAAAGGUUUUACUUGGUCUGAGGUUUGUGUUCCUAACAGCAGUACUUCCACUUCUAUAAUGGCAAAACUUGGCACAAGUGAAUAUUUGAAAAAUACAGUCAUUCCUUUGUGAGGAGAGUAACAACCAGCCCUCCCUGCCCCCUGCUAGGCAUGACUUUCAAAAUAGCUGAGGAGGAAAAAAGUGUGAAGAGUUGUGGUUUUUCCUCAGUUAAACUGUUCCAAGUGAACACUACAAUUUUCCACUUUUUAAUUCCUGUGGAAGUAAGGAAGUAAAAAACACAAGGGUCUCUCUUCUGUGAACUGUCCAUGUUCCGUGCUUUCUCCUUAAAGCUGAUAUCUCAGUUAUGUUAAACCUCUUCUGACUUUCCAAGCUGCAGGAAGUACUUAGCUACUUUUUCCAAAUCCAGGAAAGAAUUUUAAGCAUAUUUAAUAUUAAACACACAUCAGACAAAGUUUAUGAAAUAUUACAUCCCAAAUGGUUCAGUGGAUAAGACUAAAAAGGUUUUUCUAAAGUUGACAAGAGAUUUUAAAUAUAUUUAAAUGCUGGUAAUGGAAGGAUUUCCAAAACUACUUGUUGUAGAUGACAUUUUAGAAGAGGCAUUCCUCUUCUCCAUCUUUCUCACCCACAGAAGUGUACAAAUCCAUAUAUCUGAAUACUUGUUUUAAGAUACAUAUGUGCAUCUAAAGAGGAUCUUUUUUCUGUAUUGUGACUGAUCUUAUUGAUAUGCAAACAUUAUGCAAAUUUAAUUGACUAACAGAACUUAGUUAAUUCAUAUGAAUUUGAACUGGGUGUCAGUCGGACAUAAUAUGUAGUUAUUCCAGUGAAUGGGGAGGUCUUUCCAACACCUUUGAAACCUAGGCUACAAUCCAGUUCAUUUCAUUGGAAAUAUGGCCUGUGGACUAAAGUGGAGUUUGGUGUUGUGUUUAACUUACAGGCUUUCAUAGUAUGUGAACACUGAACACACUGUCAGAUCAAAGUGCCUGUAUACUGAACCUGAUUAUCAUUCUUAAACUUCCUAUAAUCCUAGCCAUAGAUCUUUAUUGGAAGAUGAAAAAGAAAAUGCUUUAUUUUUGAGAAAUGAAAAAGGUUUACAAAGCAGAGCUGUAGCAAAAAUUAGGUAACAGCGUUACCCAAUUUCAGCAAUGCCAGAACAUCAAAAGGCCAUUUGUUGAAGAAUGUGUUGUAUGAUGCUCCUUCUAUUUAUGUGAUUUUUCUAGUGUCAAAAAUACAAUAUACCCCCAAGACAUCUCAAAACAACCAACUUUUUUGUAGGUUUGCGUAUUCCCUUUGUUGUAUAAAUCCCUUUUCCAAAAAAUCUUCUGCACUACAAUGAACUUGAAGUGAAAUUGAGUAAAACGUUUAUCAUUGUUCACUACCUCUUUUCUGUGAAAUUGACUUAUUUUCCGAAGUUUUUUUUUCAUUUGUCUCAUUGGAGUGUAUAUGUAUUUCAUGGUCUUGUAAAACUUGUAUGUAAUACUAAUAACAUUAUUGGGUUGACAGUUUGUGUAACUGGUGGUUUGCUAAUAAAAUGGUUUUACUUUGACUCUC